AUGGCUGAAGUCCCUCGCAAUUUCCGCCUACUUGAAGAGCUCGAAAAGGGCGAAAAGGGUAUUGGAGACGGUACUUGCAGCUACGGUUUGGCCGAUGACGACUUGCUUAUGCACAACUGGCAUGCUACUAUCUUGGGUCCUCCUCACUCUGUUCACGAGAAUCGCAUCUACAGCCUUAAAAUCAUGUGUGGUGACAAGUAUCCCGAUCUUCCUCCUGAAGUCCACUUUGUUUCGCGCAUCAACCUCCCAAGCGUCAACACCCAAACUGGAAAGGUGGAACCUUCCCGUUUGCCUUGCCUUGCCCACUGGAGACGUAACUACACUCUUGAAACUCUUUUGGUCGAACUUAGAAGGGAGAUGGCUACUGUUGGUAGAAAGUUACCCCAACCUGCUGAAGGCACCACAUUCUAA